CCCUCCCGUUCUUCUUCCCCUCUCUCCCCCUCUCUCCCCCUCUCUCCCCCUCUCCCUCCACUGUUAGCUGCCAACAAAUCCUACAGAGGCCAGGCCGUGGACAUAUGGGCAGCUGGAAUAACGCUCUACUGCUUCCUAUAUGGCAAGGUUCCUUUCAAUGCCAAGGUUAUCACUGAGCUCCAUGACAUCAUCAGAAAUGACCAACCCGAGUUUCCGUCGAGUCCGGAGAUAUCUCCAGAGCUAAAGGAUCUCUUUGCCAGACUCCUGGAAAAGGACGCAACAAAACGAAUCACAAUCCCCGAGAUCAGGAAACACCCGUGGGUGUGUAAGACGGAUCGCUGCAUACCGCCCAAGGAGGAGAACUGCAAUGAGGAGAUCUCUGUCAAUCAAGAGGAGAUUGCCACCGCCUUCAAACCCUUCCGGACGCCAAUUCACAUACUGGUAAUGAUAAAGCAGAUGGCCAAGAAAAGGUCGUUCAGUAACCCCUACUCCCCCAAAUCCUCUCCCCGCACCUCCCCGAGGGGAACCCCCUCCCCAUCACCCAGUCACUCACCCACCUCCCCCAAUCCCCCCGUCUCCCCCUCCCCCUUCACGAGACGUCGAAACAACCUGCUCAAGUCACACCAGACUCCCACCAUCUGCGUCGACAGCACCGAGAUCAACCCAUGAUGUCAUCAUUAUGUCGUCGUUUUUAUUACGAGCAGUUGUCUUGUUGUCUAUAAUAUAGUCACUGCAGUACAUUGUUAUUGACCUCGCAAUGUGUGUGUGUAUGUGGAUGUAAUGUUGUCUGUGAUCAUGAACUGUGUCCGUAUAUACAUAAUGGACGGUCAACUAGUACGCAUGCGCAAAGGGAACAUCUUAGCCACGCCUCCCCGAUCCAGAGUGCAGAGCCGUACAAUGGAGGUUGUCGCCGAAGCCGCUAGACCACCGGUUACGAGUCUGAAGGAUGCAUCGUUCUUUGCCAUAGUAGAGCAAGUCCAUACCUACCCUCCAGCCGCACUCUCGCUGCUCCCAGCGCGGGUUCGACGCAAGAUGCUCCCGUUUCUUCCCGCCGCGGAACUCUGGCGGCUCGAGCGCUGCCGAGAUUUCGUGGAGGGAUUGGACAUGGAGGCAGUCUGGAGCGACAGACUGAAGACCCACAUCUCGGACUGGGUCUAUCCUGAAGACGUGGAUGAAGUGAAACAGGGAGAUCACGAAGGUCCCUCUGCGAGGGAAGUCUACCUCUUCAACGUCACGCAUGUCCUGCUGUCAAUGACGGCCGAUCGCCUUGAGCAUUUAGACUUUCAAACCCACGUGUCUGACUCCGACAUAGCCGAGAGGCGCGCCUACGUCCAGCGAGCUGGGCGUUUUCGUUUGCCGCAUGCCCUGGAGCCGAAGGGUAAUACUGAAGAGCUGGUGAAUAAGGACGAUUAUGCAGACCUUCUUUUCUACGGAGUAUUCAUGAAGAAUGUCCCGCUGUUGUACAAGGUUGCCUCUUGCCAUUUCCACCCAGAGUUCAAUAUACCACUGCCUUAUAACCUGAAGGGAGCGAGGCAUUCUGGGUGUGUGCGCGUGGAAAGAGCUACCCGCCAAAAGUAUACGCUAUCUCCGAUGUGCGUGCAAUGCUUCCAGAAUAUGGUCGGCUAUCUGGUCGAAAACAUUGACUGGAGACCAAAGACACUAUCUAUCUGUUCUCCAUCGCUGGGAUUUGUGAAGAGCGUCGAAAAGCGAAAUGACACAGUAUUGAAGUUUCUACGCUCCGUAGAAGAGAUCAAGGUUGUUAUUACUUCCCUCGCCAGUUGUUUUAACAUGGCUCGUGUUCUACACGGAGUCUUCCAGCCUCAGGCACUGGCAGGCCUGUCGCCAACCAGCCUGAUCAUCAAACAGAAAAACUCGCUCGGGGGUGAUGCUUGUUGUAGCACGGUAUCAGGGGUCGUAGUGUCUUUGCUGGAGACUAGGCCCAGUCUGAACUUGUUGAAUUAACCAACUGUUCAUUGGAGACGAGUGAUAUAGAGAGUUUGGUGUCAGCAUUCUUGUGUACAGCCACUUCAUGCACAAAGACUCUUAACAUCAGGCAGUGGGGCUGUCACUUCCAGGUGGGCCGUCAGUUCCAGGAGAGCCGUCACUUCAAAGAGCGCCGUAAGUUCCAGGUGGGCCGUCAGUUCCAGGGAGGUUGUCUGUUCCAGGAGAGCCUACCUCUGAAUAGGACCCACACCCCACCACCACUCCGUAAUCAGAAACUCUUCGAGCCGUUGAAAAUAUCCCAAAAAGUGGCUACUGCCAGUGAAGAUUCCUGCCAGAACGGUGAAAACAAAGUCCUCUGCCUCCCUUUCUUACCGUCCUUGCUCCAAUGGCUCCUAGCUUUCCCUGGUCUCUCUCUCCAACAUCUCGAACUCACCGUCCCUGAUAGUUUAUGCGACAAAUACCUACCACAGAUUUGCGAGAUUCUGACGAGAAGCUCAGAUAGUAUACCUUCUCCUCUCCCUAUCACGGUGACAAUAGAGUGUAAGACACCUUCAGUCACAGAGACCAGGUGUGCAGGAAUGAUCUUUGACCUGGCCAUGUGCCCCCACAUUGAUGAAGUGCGCCUCACGAAAGUGUAGAAUAUGCAAACCGUACAUGUUUGUCAACUGUGUGUAAAUGUUUGUAUUAGGCCAAAAAAACAGUGCACAUUUUAAGUGUGGAAACUUUCUCAUGUGACUUCAUUGUAUGCAUAA